AUGCCUGCUCACGCCGCCGCCCCCACUGCUCCGUCCGACGUGCCUGGCAAGGGCAUCAGCAAGGAGGAGGUUUUGGACGUCGCUGGACGGAUCGCCGCCGCUCUGGAUGCCCCAGGGCCGGAACGGCCCGCUGCGCAGAUGGCGCUCAUGACUUUCAUUGCACGUAAUCGAUCUGAGAGCUAUUGGACUAAGGUGGCUGCGUCGGCCGACGACGGCACCCUCUCGGUUCCGCCUCUUAUGGCGUCCGCCUAUGAGCAGCUCGGCAACCAGCAAGUCGGCUUUCGCAUGUCCAACAUUCGCGCCGAUGACCCGCUCAUUGGCGAGGUUAUCGACCGGGAUUUCAUCGUCGACGUCGACUACGGGCAACAGGCAGCCAGAGCGGUGGGAUGGUGGAGACGAGGUGCAGAGGCAUCCAAAGGCGGCCCUUCGUCGGCCGCUCCAACCGCCUCUUCGUCAGCGGCGGCAGGGAGAAGCGACGCGGCCGAGGAGACGAUGCCGCCCUCUGCAGUAGAGAAGGGCAAGAAGCGCGUAUUCGCUGCGGACGGCGUGACCGCCACCGCCUUGAAGCGAAUCCGGACGGAGAAGAAAAAGCCGCCGCCGAAGUCCAAGGCGUACGUAGAAACGUCUGAAGACGACCAGCCGCUGCAAAAGGCGGUCGGCGCGGGGCCCUCCAAGGCAUCCAUGCAAGCAGCGGCGGCGGCGAGGGCGGCAGGCAGGGCGGCUCAGGACCGGGCAGCGGCGGCGAAGGCGGCGGCGGCGGCGGAGCGUGCGAAGGCGACUAAGCUGGCUGAAGACCAGGCGGCAGAGGCUGCAGAGGCUGCACUCGCCAAGUCGAAGAUGGCCAGUGGUGGCAAGCCUGCAGAGCAAAAGACGGCGCGGCCCCAGGCAGCAGGUGAGAAAGGCGCGCAGCAAGAGACGGCAAGCCCGUCGAAGAAAAAAGCCGACCGCACCAAGGCAGGCGGAAAGACGGUCGAUGGUCCCCCACCAGAGGCGGUAGAAGAUGACGACGACCUCGUGGAGGUCCUCGCUACGCCUCUGCCAUGCGCCUCGUGCCGCCAUGCGAGGCAAAAGUGCGAGUACCCGGUCAACCCGAAGACCGGCACCACGGCGGGCCGCUGCGGCUUUUGCUCGAAGGACAAGGGCUUCUGCAGCCUCUGCCCGCGCAACUUCAAAGGACUUCCGGCCAAGAACGCAGGUGCCGGAAAGAUGGCGAGCCUUUGGCGGGAAUGGGUCCACAAGCGGAUUCGUGCCGGCCUGCCCUACUCGGAGCUCGCCUUCUACGACGACCGCCUCAAAACCGCCGAAAACGUCCACGGCUUCCUGGUCGACCUCGACACUUGGGACGGCCAGAAGGCGCACGUAGACCCCAAGGUGCUGGCCUGGGUCGAGCAGAGACAGCAGGCGAUCCGCAAGGGUAAGCGCGUCCCCGCGCUCAAACUGCCCAAGCAGAAGACGAUCCUCGUCUCGGACGACGACGGCGAAAAGGCAGAGCAGGGCAAGGCCGCAGUCGCACCACCGGCAGCUCCCGCCCACGACAGUGACGUCGAGAUCGUGGAGGCGACGCAGGUGGAUCCGCCACAAGAGUCCGGUGCGGGCGAAGAAGAGGAGGAGGCCGAGGACGAAGAAGCGGACGAGGAAGACGACGACGACGACGAGGAAGACGCGGAUGGCAUGCAAGUCGACGUCGACAGCAUGCAGGUAGACGGUCCCCAGGCACCCCCGUCUUUUCUGGAAUUCCAGGCACUCGACGCGCAGGACGGACCCAUCGGAGAGACGGCCCCCUCGUCUCUUGAAGUCCCAGCUCCCUCCGUGAGUCACGACGAGUGCAACAAGAUGCUCGAAUCUCUCGCCCGCCAGCUCCAGGACGAGAGGCAGGAGCGGAUGGCCCUGGCAGCCCGGCUGGAGAAGUUGGAGCGGGCUGCGGAAGAGAGGUGGCCUUUCGCCCAGCUGCAGACCCUCCAGCACGUCACGGAGCGCCUCGAAGACCUCGAGCAGAACGUGUGCGAAAAGGCGGAGGAGAUCGAGAGCCUCAACCUCAAUCAAAGGGAGAUAAGAGGCCACAUCGGCUCGGUCAGCAAAAUGAGCACCAACCUCGACAUUGCCAAGAACGGUGUCCAGGCCGCCAUGGAUGCCACCCUUCGCCGCGUCACAGACGUCGAGGAAAGGCUCCUGGGCAAGAUUGACGAGCUCCACCUCAGGCUCGAGGCUCAGGUCCACCACCUCAAGGUCGAGGCUGAGGACGAACCGGUCGAUCUUCAAAUCGUCCCGCCGCCGUCCCCACCACGUCCGGUGCCUGAGGCUGGAGACGACCUGGUGGCUGCCAUGCCGGCCCUCUCACUCCGGCGCCUUCCCCGCCGCGCGGAGGUUGUCGCUCGCCAUAAGCCCCUCUCGCCAGUUCAGGAAGAGCCGGAUCGGAGGGUUGGCCCCACCAGGGAGUUCCGGCUCAAUCCCGUCAAUCCCGCCCCACCCGUCCCGCCGCGGUUCUUCCGUUCUCCCGCCCCGCCUGCCCCCCCUGCCCCGCCCAUUCCGUUUGGUACGUCCUUCCGUGCGCUGGGUCGCUACGACACUCCGGCGGCCAGCGAGACGCGAUCCCCAGGGCAGAUCUCGUCUGGCUCUGAGGCUGCAGACGAAGGAUCGGACGUUGACAUGGACGAAGGUCUUGACCCAUCCGAGUGA